UCUUUGAACAGUAGUUACAGAAAACCGCUUACGAUUCAAAAGUACCCGGCAAGCAAUUGAUAUUUAAGCGAUUUGUUUUUGUGCCACUCAGUAACGCCAAAUACACGCACAAGAACGCGUCCCGCUCAUUAUUAAACAGAUCAAAGGUUAACGACUACAGAUAAUCAUUGCGCAGCUAUCGAUCAGGCUUCGCAUGACAAUGAAUUUAUUAAAAAAAUCAAGACAUGACGACUGUGAUUGAUCGACAUUGACACAGUCUACGUCAUUAGUUCGUUCUCGUCCGGUUUCAUAAUUAGAUAAUUGCGUAUUCCAGGAGCGAGUCGGCGAAGAUAGUGCGCGCGCUCAUCGCAGAAUAAUUAAAUUCACGAGUUCGGGGCUAUAACCUAGAAAUUUUGAAAAAUCGUUAGAAAACACGCGGCAACACACUUUCGCACGGAAUGUGGGUGUUUUUCACGAGUGAAUUUAGUGUUCGAUAAUGGCAAACGCUUUCCAUUAAACUGGUGCACGAACCGCGCGUUUUGAUUCAUUAUUAUUAUAUAAUACGAGUGUCCAAACAGCGGAACAUCUAAGGCGCACACUGAAUAACACACAAUGUCGGACUUAGAGGGUUAUCACGUGAAUAAAUCCGAGCGGGGAAAAUGCAUCAGGGUACGAAAAUUAUUCUCCCUGAUCACUGUCGAACCCACGAUGAUUUUGUACAUGAUGGCAUUCAUGACCACAUCGGUGGUGGAACAAGCUCUCUUCGUUGAUAAAGCCUGCCGGGUGAAUCAUAACUACACCAAAGAGAUUUGCGACGACAUUGCUAAUCCCAAGUACAAAGAUAUUAACAAAGAAGUACAAGUGACAGUCUCCGAAUUUCAUCAAUGGAACGAUAUUGCUGGGCAUGUAAUUCCCAUUAUCUUAGCAUUUUUCGUCGGAGCGUGGUCUGACAAGCGCGGGCGGAAAAUUCCACUAUUACUCGGCCUGAUUGGAAAGUUCUACUACUCAGUAAUGAUCGUCGUCAAUACACUACAGCCCACCUGGCCAGUGGAAUACAUAAUCUACACCGCCACGUUUCCAUCAACACUCACCGGUGCUGAUGUUGCCAUUUUCGCCGCUGCGUUCACGUAUCUCUUCGAUGUAUCCUCACCCACCAAUCGUACCCUGCGUGUAACAAUUCUUGAAGUUUGUUAUCUCGCUACAAUGCCCACUGGUAUCGCCCUCGGCAAAUACCUCUUCAGCAAUGUCACCGCGCGUUCAUUCACCACCAUGUUCAUCAUAAACGCCUCGCUGCUCUUGGCUAGUUUAAUAUACUCGAUGAUUUUCCUAAAAUGGCGCACGUCGGAGAUGCAGCGGCCAUUACGCGAAGCCAACUGUAUUCUCACAGACUUUUUCGAUUACAAACACGUCGUGUCGACGUUCCAAACGCUCGGAAAGAAGCGCGCCAUGGGUAGACGCACUUAUCUACUGCUGAUGAUUGUCGCCAUGGGUUUCUACAGUUUCCAGAGGGACGAAAAAGGCAUGAGCUAUUUAUUCUUCCAACUGGAGCACAAGUGGUCGUUCGAUCAGAACAGCAACUUUCGGACGUUCAUCAGUGCCGUGCAGGAUGUCAUCCUUUUGCUGGCGAUGCCACUGAUGACAAAAGUCUUCGGCUGGCGCGAUACGUUCAUCAUGAUGAUCGGUGCAGCGUGUCACAGCAUUGCGCGCUUGUUCUAUGCAUUCGCUGAUGUAACAUGGUUAAUAUACAUUGGGGGUGCAUUCGCUGCAUGUGGACCAAUUGUUGCGCCGGUUCUGCGGUCAAUUACCUCCAAACUAGUGCCAGUGAGCGAACGCGGAAAAGCGUUUUCCAUGCUCUCCGUAACCGACAAUGCAAUCACACUCUUUUCGGGUAUUGUGUACAAUCAAGUGUACAAACUCUCCAUCCACACCAAUCCCGAGGCGAUUUUUUAUGUGACAAUCGCCACGCAGAUGGCUGUCUUCCUCAUCGCAUUUUACAUUCACUGUCAUGCCAAUGAUACUCAACUCUGCCAUAAGGACGAUUACGACACAGAAGAAAGUAAUCCAUUCCCAACGUAAUUCAUACAAAUAUUUUUGUAUCCAUUUUGUAACGCUAUACGUACUUUCCUUCGGGUUUUCUAACUUUUAUACUCCACAUAAAUCAUACGUAAUGAAGCGUAGCGAGGGAAUUCAGGUUCAGCUGCGUUUGUUUAUGUUUUCAUUUUAUUUUACUUAACAAUAAACUCUUUGAUGUAAUCAA